AAAGUUUAUUUUUCGACCCGGAACCGUUAUACCGUUACGUGUUCCCUUACGGUAAAAAUUAAAAGAUACUCCCAUCCGAAAAUGUCGAGGCACCUUCGUUUCAUCGCUCGGACGGUCAUGGUUCCAGAUGGAAAUAUCGAUGCAGCGUACAAGGCUUUAAACAGGGUCCUGACCCAGGAUGGGAUCAUCGACACAGUAAAGCGCAAACGCUACUAUGAGAAGCCCUGCAGAGAGAGGCAACGAAAGAACUUUGAGAGAUGCAGGCGCAUAUACCACUCGGAAAUGGCCCGAAAACUAGCCUUCAUCUCUAAGACAGACAGAGAGGAUCCCUGGCUUGGUUGCUAGUGAAAGGAAAGUUGUUGAGGCAAGACAACAACGAACAAACUAAGCAAAGUGGAAAGAGGAAACAAAUCCAGCAUAAUUUUUGUUACAACUAUUGGGGAAAGAGUGGCUGUGAGAAUGUCAGAUUUGAAUUUAAGAGGAAAUUACUGAUUCAUUCAUUGUAAACUUUCUUCUCUAAAUGCUAAGUAAUAUGUGCACAUGCUCAUGAUUCUACUUAAUUUUUGCCCUCAAAAGAUUUGUUCAUUUAUUUAGUAACAAAAAAAUCAAUCCAGGAUUUUAUUUAGUUUCAUCUCCAGAGUAUUUUGCACAUUUCCUGCAAAGUGUAAAAUAAAACUGGAAUGUCUUGAAAAUUCCUGCAAACUGUGAACUUCAGGAAUUGCAUUUUGAUUACUACAGCAUGCGAUAAAAGGAAACAAAUAAAACCUGCUAAAAUAUAGCCAACUACUAUGUUUUACUCAUUAGGGUGUCAAAUUUUGGAAUUUUGUUUAAAGCUACGUUGUAUUGGAUUAAUAAAAGCAGUUUAAGUCAUUUAA